AUGACGAGCCCAGAAAAGCAGCAAAAUGGACCCCCGAGCCAGUCUCCGGAGAAGCAGGAGCCCGCUGCUGCCGGUGAAAAUGCGGAGGAAGGUCCGAAGCCGAAACCGACAACGUUGAAGCGCUUCAUGGACAAGGUCGGGCUAGAUGCUCCCACCUUAAUCUUGAUGUUCAAAGGCUCCAUCCCUCCUAUAAUCGGCUUAUCGAUAUACCAAUCGACACCGAUAUCUACGUACUUCACGACGCAGGGCUAUCUAAUCCCGAUAAUCUCCGUCCUUGCCGUCGCGAUCCUGCCGCGCGACAAGUUUAUCCAGAACCUCAUCUUCAACCUCCUUGCCAUCUGCGUUGGCUCUGCCAUGUCCCUCCUCGCCCUCUGGUCCUCCAUCCAAGCACGCAUUCAUACCUCCCCUCCUACAUCCCAAGGUACCACGAUAGUCCCUCCGCCGUAUAAUUCGUCCCAGUCGGCCGUCUGCGCAGUAUGGUUGUUCGCCAAUAUCUGGGUCGUAAACCUCGUGCGGGCGAAGCUGCCUAGCUUCAACCUGCCUGUGGUUAUCUAUUGUAUCUUGAUCAAUAAUAGCACGACCUUCGGGCCCAUGACAGCCACGACUACGGCGGCGGAGGCAUUCAUCAAAGAGCAGCUUCUAGCGAUGCUAUUCGGCAUGGGACUAGCGACGGGCGUGUCGCUCUUCGUCUUCCCUAUUAGCAGUCGCAUGGUAGUGAUCGGGGAGUUCAAGGGCCUUAUUGGCCUGCUUAGCAAAGUAGUCGGUCUACAAAAGGAAUAUCUGGCGGUCCUAGCAGAAGAGGACAUGUUUGCUAUCCAGACGAAAAAUGCCGAGGAACGAGAAGCCUCGCGGGAUAAGAAGUUGAAGCUGAAGAAGGUGGGGAAAAAGGCGAAAGAUGAAGGCAUGACCAAGGAGGCAAAAGCAGCCAAAUGUCUCAAAGAGACAGUCGGUGCAAUAAGGGUCUUGGGUGGCAAGCUAUAUGGCGAUAUGGCCUUUGCGAAGAGAGAUAUGGCUUGGGGAAAGCUUGACGCUAAAGACCUCGGCGAGACGUUCACGAAAAUUCGAAGCGUCAUGAUUCCAAUUGGCGAUGAGCACUCUUAUAGAUAUCUUCCACCGAGUCGCCGAGCGUCGAGGAACCAGGAGAAACACGUGUGGAAUGAUAUGGUGAAACAAAUGCACACGCCAUUCCAGAUACUCGCCGAAGCAAUUGACCGAGGACUCGAACAUAGUGGCAUCUGCUUGGAGAUUCUCCCUAAACCAAAGGUAUCCAAGAAGUCAGAGAGCAGCAGAUCGGACAACAGCGAUGUCGAGGCCCGCGGCGACGAGGUUAAACCAGGCGACGAAGGAUUUGCUAGCCUUGUGGAUAAGAAACUCCAGCAAUUCUAUUCGCAAAAGGGUAAAAUCCCCCGGACCUGGCACUUAACGGCCAGCGACGUCAUGCAAAGGAACCAGGCGCAACUCUACGUGAGUCUAUAUAUGGAACAGCUGAUGCACGCGGCUGGGGAAGCAGUUCAAGGCCUCGUCGCCUUCGCCGACGAGAAAGUCGAGGACGGUACAAUGAAGCAUAAACGCUUGCUCUUCCCUUCCGGAUACCAGCUCCGGAAGUGGUUGACGAGCAUCUUCAAAGGACAGGACUCGAGCGUAAAGCAGAACCCGGAUAUCAUGGAGACGGACUCUAUCUAUUACGGGGAUAGCUAUAACCACAAGAAGGAUCCAGAACAUCUUCCUGCUACUAAUAUCUGGCAACAUAUUGGGAAUGGGCUUCGUAAGAUCUCAGCAGUCUUAGGAUCUAAGGAGUCGGCCUUCGGCUUUCGAGUCGCUUGUGCUACAAUGACGAUCGGUAUCGUGGCAUUCUUGGAGGAUACCCAAGUAUUCUUCCACGAUCAGAGACUAGACUGGGCUAUGAUUACUAUUGCUUUAGGAAUGACAAUAACUUCUGGCCAGUCUGUUUUCGGCUUCUUCUGUCGAGUCGGGGGCACCUGUCUAGCCAUGAUCUUCUCACUUGUUAUCUGGUAUAUCGUCGACCAGAAGACCGCCGGCGUUAUUAUCUUCCUGUGGUUGUUUAUCUUUAUUGAAUAUUACUUUUUCAAAUUUCCCCGGUUUAUUCCAGCUGUCAUGAUUACCAUCACUACUCAGAUUGUUAUUCUCGGUUACGAGCUACAGGUCAGACAGCUUGGCGAAGCUGUAGCUACUGAGUCAGGACAGCCGUACUACCCAACCUAUCUCCUGGCUCCGUAUAGGCUCGCGACUGUCGCCGGAGGCAGUCUGGUUGCGUUCUUCUGGACAAUUUUCCCUUGUCCUUUAACCGAUCGAGCUUGGCUUCGACAGGAAUUGUCCGCGACGAUGUACCUUCUUGCCAACUAUUUCAGCGUCAUAACUUCGACUAUGCAAUCCCAGCUUGAAGAGACAGCAGGCGACAUGGAGUCAGAAACGCCGCCUAUUUACCCCCUCUUAAAAGCUCGGCGUAAGAUUUUGGGCAAAGUUCUGCGUCUCAUGUCCUCUAUAGAAUCUCAUAUCGUGUGGCAGCGGUGGGAGCCCACCAUAGGCGGCCGCUUUCCUGUUGAGACGUACCAAGAGAUUAUGAUGCGUAGUGCGCGUAUCAUGAGCUAUCUAACGCUUAUGAGCUGUGCCCUAACACAUCCGUCGCGAACGCGCGAGACGGAGAAGGACUCCGACGAUGAGCAAGCUGAAGACCGAGCAGCUAGUGCAUCAGAUGCCGACGCAGACGCGCAAGAUAACCGCUGGUGGCGGGCGCUCUCGGAGGACCUUCCGGGAGUAGAACUGACGCACCAUGCCGUUCUGUCAACAUUGACCUUAUUGUCAAACACAAUGCUCUCAGGCCAGAGCUUGCCACCCUUCCUGCCGCUUCCUCGACCUUACGAGAUGACGCGGAGGCUAAUGCAGUUGCCGACAAAUAGCACGUCCGCGGAAUCAGAUCAAGAUGACCAUCCAUUGCUUCCCUGUCAAGACUCCUCAGGUGGACACGGAAACCCGGGGCUAACUACCAUCGAUCUGCGCCGGGAAGCCCUAGAUCACCUGCGCGGCUACGCAGAGUUCGCUGUGAUGCAGGUGUGCAGCACGCUGGUGUGCGACGACCUUGAGGGGUUGAUGCGGGCGGUGAGCAGGCUGGUAGGCGUCGUGGACUUCAGCGUCCGCGUCGACGCGGGCGGUAGGGAUAGCAGGGCCAGCGAGGUGGUUCAGAGGCGGCUGGCCCGGCGGAGGACGACUCGGAAUGUGCAGGGUAAGGGGAAGGCGAUUAGAGGCUUGGAGCCUUCCUACUCAUGCUGA